GUCUGUAUGUGAUUCCGUGAGCAAUUCGACUCUCAAUUUCACUCGGCGAUUCUAUAAGCUUUCAAUUCAAGUGUCGUCCAUUCUGUGAAAACGAAUUCGCAUUGUAAUUCUCAAGAUGCCAGCUCCGUCGCAGCUCGCGAUACAGACAUCUGUAUUGCAACGCUUGGUCAAGGAGGAGGCGAGCUACCACAAAGAACUGGAACACCAGGAAGUUCGCAUUGCCAAGUUGGAGCAAGGCGGUGACGAUGAGAAUGCAGAAUACACUUUGAGACAGGAGCGUAAAGCGGCCGAGGAGACCAAGGCUCUCUUUCCACAACUGAAACAAAAGAUCCAAGAGGCGUUGACAAAGCUCGAGAGCUAUAUGGGCCAGAUCAAAUCUUCCGGCGAAGCGACAGACUCCACGGAGAUCGAGAAGGCCACUGCGGCGAUAGCGGCAGCGAAAGAGGUGGUUGCCUGAGUGUGUCUCGGCAGGUCGACGCUAUUGCCUACAUGAAAACAGCU